AUGCAUUGUACAGUUGUCAGUGGACCCUCUUUACGCGUUCGCGUGCAUCGUUUUCGGUGGAGCUGUUCAUUCCUUUCCAGAAUUUCCCAAGGAGGGGCAAAGCACAAUUGGAAGCUUGUGCGGGGCAGGGAACACCGUUGCGCUGAAACCAAGCCGGCGAGUCAGCCCCCCGUUUGGUGCCAUGUGCCUUGCAUCUUGUGCCUGGCGCGUUGCCGUGUUUGGCUUUCUGGAGGAAGCCAUCACGUGCACACAAUGAGGAGAAAUCACCAGCCCAAGCUCCGGAAUACCGCAUUAAAAUAA